GGUCCUAACUUUGUCUUGGUAGACAUGGGUAUGUUAAAGGGUACACAUUAUGAACCAAAUUUGACGAACACCAAGGACCCAAUACACAAUCUACUGAGUGACUUGCCGACCUCUUUAACGUGAUCCUAAUAAUAUAAGGCCACACUGUAUUUACAAACUCUGUACAUAGGUUUUCAGUGCCACAUACAUUUUGUGCAUAAGGAUCUUCAUGCAUGUUUACCUGGUGGACAUUGUUAUGGUCGUCGACAGGAAGAAAAUAUUCGGAUUCAAAGGUCGGACUCAAAGCAGGCGUUGUUUGGAGUCAGUCAGCUUUAAUUUUGAAGCUUAAAGUUAUCAAGUGUUAAUUUUGAAGUUCAGAAUUGAAGUAUGUGUAAUAUUACGUACAACUGUGGUUAAUCUUAUAGUUCAGACAACCCUACAGUAUUGACAAGGCACUGACAGAGAUUCUACGUGUACCGAUGAUAACCAUUCUACUGCUAUAGCAGUGAUUGAUUCCUCACUAAAUGUUCCUUCUGAUUUACCAGCUGAUGUGAAUUUCAUGUCAUUAACAGUUUAUUAAAUUCUAAAAACUGGAUCUUGCACACAUCAGCAGAUAUAUACACUGAUUUUGGUGACUAGAAAUGUGUCACCUGGUUGAGUGACAGAUCUGUAGUGUUGGAUUUAAUGAAUCAGCAGGAUCUCCUGUGUGUUGGAUUAACUAAUGAAUCAGCAGGAUCUCCUGUUUAUUUUCCAGUCCUAUGUGCUGAGCGUGUGACACAGAUGACGAGGACGUACAAUGACAUAGAGGCUGUCAAUAGAUUACUAGAAGAGAAAGAGCGUGACCUUGAACUAGCUGCCCGUAUAGGUCAGACACUUCUCCAGAAAAACCAGGACCUAACAGACAAAAAUGAAUCGUUAGAGGAACAAGUUUCCCAGGCAACAGAAAAGCUCAACCAGUUUAAACAUGAAAUUCUACGAAAGGAUGAGCUCCUCCAAGCUCUGACCCACUCUGAGUCUGACAGCACACCUACAGAUGAUUCUCCGAAUGGAAACACAGAGGGCCUUUAUGUCUUGGGGGCCACAAGUUUACAGAAAAAGGUUAAAUCCCUGGAAGAGGAAAAUAUCAAACUCCGCAUUGAGACGGUACAACUAAGUGCUGAAACAUCAGAAUUCGAGGAAAAGGAGCAAAAAUUGGUGACUGACUGUCUGGAACAGCUCGGGGAAGUAAAAGACCAGAUUGAAGUUUACUCACAAGAACUUGCUCUAAAGACAGAAGAAACAUAUUCUCAAAAGGAGGAGAUCACCAACCUUUUAGCUCAGCUAGUCGACCUCCAGCGGAAAUGUAAAGUUUUAACAGCAGAAAACCUUGAGCUCCAGAAGCACCUUGAGGCCUCACAGUCAUCACAGAAACACCUGACAAAGGAGCUUGCCGAAUACAAAGAUAAACAUGAUGAGGUAUUGGAAUUACUGGAGGAGAACCAGGAGGAGUUACGGAAGCUGCGACGGCAACAGAAACCUAACGUAGCUAAACAUAGCUACCUGUCGACAUCACUACUCAGUAUUCCGAAUGACUCCAUCGCCUCGGAACUUGAGUCAUCUCUCAAAUCAGAAAUAGAUUUUCCUAUAGGUUACUCACCAGCAGAGAGGAAAGUUCAUAACUGGAGGAUUUUUGAGACCGCCAAGGCGGCAAAGAAGGCGAGCAGUAAACACAAUGGUAUCAGUAACAGUAACAGCUUUGGGACGGAGAAGACUUCUGGAAUCUCCGGAAUGUCUGGUCUGUCCGGACUCUCCACACUCAGUCUCAAUGACAGUCUGGAUUCAGGUGCUCGCUCUCCUGCUAUGUCUGGAGUUGCCUCAUCUGUUGGGAAACUUGGGGCUCUGUCAUCGAACAUGUCCAAUCGAAGUUCCAUGUAUUUCUCGGAAACUGAGUCUGUGCAGAGUGAUGGGUACACCGCUGAUCUGGACAGCCUCUACGGUGACGUAAAGAAGCACAGCCUCGGACGACCAGGUAUACCAGGCUCUAACGACCUAGAAACGGCACUUCGGAAGUUGUCUAUCCGUCGAGCUAAUGAACUCAAUGAGGAGGACUUUUUUGAGGAUGAGGAAAAUAGGAAACGACAAAGGCACAGAUCUGAUACCAAUAAGUCAGAUGCCCAAGAAUCGACUGAUACCCCUGGGAUGUGUCCAACUCCAGACAGUACACUUUCCACUGGAAGUUUCCGAUCUGGAUUCUCCCAGUUUUCUUAUCCAGGAAGUAACAGCUCACACUACCGACUCCCGGAGAAACUUAAGAUCAUCAAGCCACUAGAGGGUUCUGUCACUCUGCGCCAUUGGCAACAGCUGGCCACGCCCCACCUGGGAGGAAUCUUUGAGUCUCGUCCAGGGGUUCAAAUUAAGGGCGAGAGGAAACUGGAACUGAAUGAAGAAGUGUACAAUCUUAGUGACUUAGAGGAAGAUGAGGAUUACGAGGAUAACGGAGACUGCUACAAGAGAUUCCAGGAGAGUUCCACAAUAAAUACCUACACAAACUCCACAGUGAAACAUCCAACACAGCUUGUCGGUGAGGAGGAAUCGGAGCUUGACUCUGACGUAGAAUGUGUAGAAUCAACAUCAACAAAAUCUUCAACACCUCGGCUCACUUCAAUGGUUCAGUCGAGCGGAACGACGACCUAUAGCAUGUCGCUGGGACUAGCAGCCAUCUUAAAUGAGCGUGACUUUGCGAGUUCUUCUGACAAGAAAGUCAAUACAUCAGGAGCCAGCCAGGCGUCACGAACAUCGGGCUGUUUGGUGUCCGAGUCUCACUUUGAUUUGUCAAAGUCAAAAGCACAAGCCGUAACAGUGACUUCGUCCUCUGGAACUGGUGUUGCCUUGACAACCAGUUCUCCAACAAAAACAUCACCGGAGAGGACUCAUUCAUUGGCGGGUGUGGAUUACCAGGAGGGAAAUCUCCUCAAUCGUAUCAAAAACACAGGUUUUUCGCUGUAUGGUUAUCUCGGGAAAAUGGGCCAAAGGACAGACUCUGUGGUGUCGUUACCGGAACAACUUAACGAGAAGAAAAACACUUCACAGAAAGGUGCGAUUCCUAAAGUGUCUGUGUCACCGACUCAGUCAUCUUCUGUUGAUAAUCUUGUGACAAUUGCCGCCCCACCAGAGGGCGGAGCUGAGGCUUCCAAGUCAAAAUCUGCUGCAACAAUAUUUGGAGGUGGAGCGUCUGGGGGUGGAGUUCUUGGUGCAUUGACCUCAAUUAGAAAAAGUGGCAUAUUUUAAAAAAUAUGACUUGUAUAUUUCUGUAUAACAUUUUAGGCUGGUUUGAUGUAUGGACUUUCUACUAAGUAGAUAUAAGCAUACUCACAGUAGUGACAGAUGAUACGAUGAUCAAAAAUGUUGAAGUGCUCAUUUUUAAUUGUCCUUGUGAAGCUAAUUGUGAUAAUAAAACUUUACACAGGGGCAAAACUUUAUUUCUUAGAGAUACAAGAGCCAUUUAACCUAAGAUGAUAAAUCACACAAUUAUUUAAUGAAUAUAAUUUCUUGCCCCUGUGCUACACUAGCCAAGGGAGGUAAUCGAGAUAUAACACAAUUAUUUAAUGAAUAUAAUUUCUUGCCCCUGUGCUACACUAACCAAGGGAGGUAAUCGUGAUAUUACAUGAAUGAUUAGUUAACAUUAUUCCAAUAUUGCAGUGUUCACAUCUAAAUUAUAAUUUGUUUGCCCCCGUCUUGUAAGGACAGAAAUCUCAUCUGUUUUUUAGUCUCCUUGAUGUACUAGUCAUGGUGUUUAUAGUCAAUAUGAAUGCCAAAACAAAAAGAAACAAAUGAUGCUGUCCCCUAAUCAUUGUGAGAGGCUUGGGUCCAGUUAUACUCUCCCACGUGUAACAUUGGCUGGAUCUAAUCAUCUUCUAUUCAUUUGAAAUAUUUUUCUUCAAAAUGACUAAAUUCAUUUUACAGCUAAAGAUGCAUAUUAAUUUAAGUAAUUGGAAAUAACAAACUGCUUAAGUAAAUCUGUCUGCUGAAUCAAUCUAUUCUGACAUUCAUCCACAUAAAAAGGGCAUUAAGGUUUCUUUUUGAGUUAUUUCCAAAAGUGAAGGAAUUUAGAAAUAUUCAGUCCUGAGCUAUAUGGCAUUACUGAUGGAAAACACGAACUUUGUUCACGGUAUACGGUAUGAGUACAGCCAUGGUAAUGAUUAGAGUGAUUUUUCUGCAGUUUAUCUUGUGUUCAAUUUUUGGUUCUCUUAAAACUAAUGCUUCAUGGCUAAAAAAAUAAUUAAAAACAUUGUCAAUCAAAUUUACUGAAGCUCAGAAGGAGAAGGAAAUCACUUUGUAACCAAGUUACAUGUUAUUUGUGUAAAAACAACAUGUUCAUCUUGAUUUGAAUAUUAAUAACAUUACCCACAAGUUUAUCUUUUUGAAUUUUUGUUGAACAUGACGAUUACUAAGGUAUGAUAUAGAAAUCUAAAAACUUAAAUGAAUUUUAAAAGAGAGUGUUCUUUAUCAAAUUUAGAUCAAGUCAAACUUGUUUCAUAACUUAAUUGUUGUAGUUGUUUUAUUGGCAUGAAACUUUCAGUAUAGAUUUGAGUUGAUUUAUGUGAUAGUUAAAAACUUUGAGUUUUUUUAUUUGUACACUUUUUAUGCCUAUAUAUUUGUGCAUAAUUAAGGGGACGGAAUAUCUAAGAUACAGUUGUACUAGCUAAGUUGAUGUUGUGUGCAUUUUGAACUUAUUAUCUCAUGCUGUGACCUUUGAACUUGAUGAACUUAUUUGCUUUGAAUUUUUGCUGCACGACCUUUGCAUAAAUAACCUCUCUAGCUCAAUUUCUCGUCCAAUGAAAACACUUGUUACACACGUCUGUCAGACCACUAUACCAAUGCGAUAUGAGAGGAGUGCAGGAACAUCACUA